AUGGGAGAAAACAGUUUUUGGGAGAGAGAAGUAGUGAUUGCUGAGCUAACCAAGGGGAAGGAAUUGAUGUUGCUGCUGCAGAAGCACUUUGAUCCCAUGAAACAGUUAGUGUGCCAGUAUUUGGCUGUGGAAAUACUUUCUUCCUAUGAUAAAGCUAUGACCCUCUUGAAUGGCACAGCUUUAUCAGGUAUGAUGAAGAGCAAAGGUAAAGAGAUUAUUCAUCCAGCACCCUCUUCAUCAACUGCGCCCCAGCUGGAAUCUCCUCAUCUUCUGGCUGAUAGUAGCACAAAGAGUUGUGACCGUCCCUCUAAAUACAGGAAGAGGAAGAUGCUGGCACGAAGGAAAGAGUAUGUAGAAGCUCGACCUGGAGAAGAGGUUCCACCUGAAGAUGGAUUUAGUUGGCGGAAAUAUGGACAGAAACUUUUCUUACGUUCAAAACAUCCCAGAGAAUAUUAUCGAUGUGCUCAUCGUUGUUGUGGGGCUACUAAGAUGGUCCGGCGAAUUGAGACAGAGCCAUUAAGUUUUGAAGUUACCUAUGGAGGAAGUCACCGUUGUGGUCAAGAAACCAAAAACCAAAAUGAAGAACUACUUGCUGUGCAGCAGACAAAAUGUGAUGAAGUUGCAAAAGGAGCCGCGGAAAUAUUUGAAUCCUAUAUUCAUAAGAUGGUUUCAACCCCAAAUAAUUCGUAUAACAAUUCCUCAACAGGGGUUCAGUUCUCAAACUCCAAUUCGGUAUUCAACAUCCCCAAUUCCGACUUCAUCCCCACACCAACUUCUUCACCUCAUCCAGACACAGACUUUCCACUUGACAAUGAUAGUCUCACUCUCUUGUUUGAUCAAGAUGUGCCUGAUAAUUCUGGCAAUGAUUCUCUGGCUGCUGGGGUCUAUAAACUCUAUGAGGAGAAUGGCAAACUCAGUUUUCCUCAUCGUUACGACAAACAGGCUGAGAAUUCCAGACCCUCGAACAAUGUUGGGGACCAAUCAUAA